CUAAGCCUGGUUAGCGGUCCUGAUAUCUGAAAGGCUCGGAAUCCUUUGACGUUCAGCAGAGGUUCGUUCCGGUGGCUGACAAACAUGUACUUGCAAAACUGAGGGCGAUACACGCCCCCCCCCCUUCCUCCUCUUCUUUUGUUUCGGAUAGCUGCUGCCUGAGAAAACAGCCCGACACACACAAAGCCUGCAGCUGUUCGCUAUCUCUGGUCUCAGGUGCGAUAGAACUCACGCGGAUUGCGCAAGUGUUCACAGGCAGCCGGGAACGCAACCCGAAAAUUACGCAAGGAGUCGCGCAGAGGCCUCAGCCGAAUACAAAUCCCGGCGUGCCAAGCGGACUCCUCGAUCGGUAUUGGUGGCUGGCUCCCCACCCUCUCGACUCCCGUGACUCCAGCCCGCUACUUGUGCUUGUGGCCCGCGCCGGGCUGGUUGUCAGAAAGCGGUUCAGCUUAGUUGAGGGCCAUGGCAACCGUGUCAGCUCUCAGGGUCGUUCAGCGCGAGUGCCGGAGUUUGCUCCUGCGAGGGGCCUUCCAAGUCCAGCCGAGCAGGAGCUGUCGGUCCGGGGCACCGGUGAGGCAGCAGCAGCAGCAGCAGCAGCAGCAGCACGCGCUGGAAUUGCCCUCUGAGCAGGCAAUUGCAGUCCCAAGAAGAACACGCUUUUUAUCUGAACAUGCUCUCCCUUUUUCUGCUUUCCUGACUGAUAGCUUUGGACGCCAGCAUAACUACCUGAGAAUCUCCCUAACUGAGAAAUGCAACCUCAGAUGUCAGUAUUGUAUGCCAGAGGAAGGAGUUCAGCUAACUCCCAGAUCUGAGUUGUUGAGCACUCAGGAAAUCAUCACUCUUGCCAAGCUGUUUGUGAAGGAAGGUGUGGACAAGAUCCGUUUGACCGGAGGAGAGCCCCUCAUCCGGCCUGAUGUGGUGGACAUCAUAGCUCAGAUGCGCAAGUUAGAAGGGUUGAAAACUAUCUCUGUCACAACCAAUGGGAUCAAUUUAGCCAGACUGUUACCCCGGCUGAAGGAGGCUGGCCUGGAUGCCAUUAAUAUCAGCUUGGACACAUUGGUGCCAGCUAAAUAUGAAUUCAUUGUCCGUCGAAAAGGUAUAUCGAAGUCUUCCACAAUAGCAU